CACAAAGACCAGAUUUUGCAACAAAUGACUGCAGACAUGGCCCUGAAGCUGAUCUUUGUGGUGGCUCUGCAGACUCUCUUCAUAAAAGAGUCGGUGUCGCAGCUUUCUGUUUGUGGUCGAGCAAAUCUGAACAAUAGGAUUGUUGGAGGACAAGAUGCUCCUGCAGGGUUCUGGCCUUGGCAGGUCAGUCUGCAGGGAUCUAGACACUUCUGUGGAGGAUCCCUCAUCAACAACCAGUGGGUGCUGACGGCAGCUCACUGCUUUCCAAGUCGCAGUGCAUCUGGUGUGACUGUAGUUCUGGGUCUUCAGAGUCUGCAGGGAUCCAACCCCAACAGAGUGUCCCGAACAAUAACGACUUUAAUCGUUCAUCCGAACUUCAACUCAGCGACACAGAAUAACGACAUCGCCCUCCUGCAGCUCUCCUCACCAGUAACCUUCACCAACUACAUCACUCCAGUCUGUCUGCCUUCCACCGGCAGCACCUUCUACAGCGGUGUCAACACCUGGGUCACCGGCUGGGGCACCAUCAGAAGUGGAGUCUCCCUUCCUGCCCCACAAACCCUCCAGGAAGUACAAAUACCGAUUGUGGGAAACAGACGGUGUAAGUGCAGCUAUGGAGCCAGCUUAAUCACUGACAACAUGAUGUGUGCCGGGUUACUGGCAGGAGGCAAAGACUCUUGUCAGGGAGACUCUGGAGGUCCGCUGGUGAUUAAGCAGAACAUCCGAUGGAUCCAGGCAGGAAUUGUGAGUUUUGGAAAAGGUUGUGCUCUACCUAAUUUCCCAGGAAUCUACACCAGAGUGUCCCAGUACCAGACCUGGAUCAACACCCAAAUCACCACCAAUAAGCCGGGCUUUAUCGCCUUCACCUCCACUGGAACUGACAGUGACCUCAGUGUGUCGUGUACAAGAGUGCUGCCAAUUGCUUAAUUGUUUUUCGUUCAGUUCAUAUUUUCUGCAUGUUGGGCUUUCUUUAGGUUUGUUUGCAAAUUUAGGUUUUAUUAAAGGACAAAGAAUCAAUAAUUUUUAUGCGUUUGUUAUGUAGAGAAACAUAAAUUAGAAUGAAAUUAAAUGACAGGUGUAUUCAAGGUUGGGAAAAAUAAAUCAAUGAAAACUGUC